UGGACUAUUCCAUCUUCUCCACAAAAGUCCCAACAUGGCGACCGUAAACUCUGCGUACGCCGAACCUUCUCUUGGCGGCUUCAGUUUCGAGAACUGCAAGAGAAAUGCCUACCUGGAAACUAAGGGUAUCAAGAUGCCCACAGCCAGAAAGACUGGAACUACAAUUGCUGGAAUCAUCUUCAAGGACGGUGUAAUUCUGGGUGCAGACACCAGGGCUACUGAAGACACCAUCGUAGCCGACAAGAACUGCUCCAAAAUCCACUUCAUCGCUCCUAACAUAUACUGCUGUGGUGCUGGUACAGCUGCUGACACUGAGAUGACGACACAGAUGAUCUCCUCGAACCUGGAGCUGCAUCGGCUGUCCACCGGGCGCGAGGGGCGCGUCUGUACAGCCAACAGGAUGCUUAAACAGUUCCUCUUCAGGUACCAGGGAUAUAUCAGUGCUGCUCUGGUGCUGGGAGGGGUGGACUGCACUGGCCCACAUCUCUACACUGUACACCCACAUGGGUCUACUGACAAGCUGCCCUAUGUCAGCAUGGGUUCUGGAUCUCUUGCUGCCAUGGCUACAUUUGAAGACAGGUUCAAGCCCAAUAUGGAGUUGGAGGAAGCCAAACAGCUGGUCCGCGACGCCAUCGCAGCUGGCAUCUUCAACGACCUUGGGUCAGGGUCAAACGUUGACCUCUGUGUCAUCACCAAGGGCAAGGUGGACUACAUCCGGCCUCACGACAUCGCCAACCUCAAGGGAGUCAGGCAAGGGUCCUACAAGUACAAGCGUGGCACAACAGCAGUGCUGACCAAGAGUGUACGCAGUCUACCCAUCGAUAUCCAAACAACUGUCACUGGAGAGGCCAUGGACACAUCGUAAACUCACACUCUGUAAAAGUUAAACUGCAUUAGACAAUACUGUUGUCUUCAUUUGUGAAAAAUGAUGUAUUUAGAAGGAAAUUACAUGAAAAUAACCUGCUAGAUUAGAUGGGACAAUGUUACUGCAUUAAAUAAAGUAAGAAUAUAAACAGUAUUUCACUCCAAGUUGUCAGGCAUAGAUGUUAACUCUGUACCAAGUACUGUCCUGUAAAUGUUAGUAGGGUUUCAACAGCUUUC